GUGGAUUUGGUGGUGCCAUGGUUUGGGCUAUAGAUUUAGAUGAUUUCCUGGGGACUUUCUGCAAUGAGGGAAAAUAUCCUUUAAUUAACAAGCUUAAAUCAUUGCUGGAAGGCUCCACUGUAAACUGCCCUGGUGAAAUAUGUUCAGGCAUAGUUGAAUUCCAACAACCACUUCUACCACUACUACUACAACUACUACUGGAACUCCUCCUACAACCCCAUCAGGAGGUACAACACCUGCACCUCCAGUCACCGAUCCACCUCCAACUGGUGAUGUUGAUCCUAACUUUUGUGCAGGGAAAACCGAUGGACUGCAUGAAAAUCCAGUAAACACUAAC